AUGUGGUUCAGUCCAGUUUCGGCGUUUGACUCGGUUCAAGUGACUUUUGACGCCACCAGAGAUUUGCGAUUUUAUUCGUUGCGGUGCUUUCUGGUAAGAAUUUCUGGAGUGUUUUUAUUUUUUGUGCUGGUGAAUCUAAUUUGGUGUUUGUUUGAAGUUCACGCUGCAACGAAGAAGCGUUACAUCGUGCACAACCAGAGCUACGUGACGUUCUACGACGCGUGGCGUCGGUGCCAGGGCUUUGGGCAGCGGUUGGCCACCGUUACGUCCAAGGAGGACUCGGAGCUGCUCGAGUCGACCAUCAAACAGCUGCUGAUUCCGUUCGGCGUGUGGUGGAUCGGGGGAACGGACGAGGGCAAGGAAGGAUACUUUACGUGGAUCUCGACGAACGAACCGGUCGGGAAGAACGGUGGCUACACAAACUUUUACCCGCUGCAGCCGAGUGACUUCCUGGGGCUGGAGAACUGUCUCGAGGUGGGCCGUUUCGGGGGCGUUCAGUGGAACGAUGCCAACUGCUUUCUGCUGCAACGGUUCAUCUGCGAGGCAGAUGUCGACGUCGAUGACGAUUGCGACGAGGAAGAUUCUGAGUGAUGCACCAGUGUUUUUUGGGUAAUUUAUAAAACAAAAUCGUUCGUUUUUUUGCGCAUCACUCAUCCUCACAGUGCCACAGUUAUGUAAUUGGAAUAUUGUAUAGAAUAAAAUAGUACAGAAUAAAUGUGACAUCGUCCCCUUUUCCAAGAGUAUUGCAGUUUUUGAUGCCUCCUAAACUGUCGUCGUGCCUUCCAAGCAAUGAUGCUAAGCAAACGGUUUUUCGAUCAUGUUUCAAUCUUCAACACAAAUCAUUGCGCGUCAGAGAUGUCAAAUCGCAUGUGAAUUUGCAAUUCACUAAGGACUAUGAGAAGGACUGUAAAUUAUGCGAUUUUUUUUCCAAAUUUAGGUCAACAGCCUUAUACUCAAAUCACUCUUGCUUCAAUUCCAACGGUUCUUGCUCAAAAUGUUCCAUAAGUGCAAUCCCACUUUGAAGAGGACCGUCCCAUUGUCUAACUAGCUUUUUUUUUACCCAUUCCCUCGCGAUUGUUUGCCCCGUUGAGCGAUUAAGAUCUCCCCGCGUGUCCCUGCCAGGGAUUAGAGGUGCGAUUCAGAGGUGCAAGCUGUUACGUGGUCUCUGCCCUUCUACCAGCAUCCCAACCGUUGCGUUGUUGCUCGCGGAUCAAAUGAUUUAUAAUCCUUCGGGCCCCUCACUCAACGGACGGGGAGAUGACAAAAAAUAGUUAGUCGCGUUUCGGUGCGCGGGGUCCAUUCAGUGGGAAAUGGGAUGAUGAGAAAUGAUGCUCGUUUGUGUACAAAAUAAAUAAUAAACGGAUUUUUUACGUGUAGUUUUGGGAGGACCCGCGAUUCAAAUAAAUAACAAUCAUUUUAUCACAGAAGGGAAUUCCAGGGCUAUGAACUAGUGGAAUUAAGUCAUGCAUGCACCCAUUUCCACUGGUCAACCCACAGUAAUUGAAAAUACAUGCCAAAUGUUUAGGAUUUAUCGCUAGAAGCAAUGUCAUAGCAAGAGGAAGACUUCCCGAAAUACAAACCGCUGUGCAAACAAGAUAAAGCGUGGAAAAUUGAGUUGAAAAUAAAUGUUGAUGCAAUUUGCUGCACUUUUCUUAUUAUUUUAAAUUGGAAUAGUUAUGUUCUCAAACUAAACCUUGUUAAAUUUAAACAAUCAAAAAUAGGAAAAUAUAAUUAUAAAUAGCAGACUAGACAUUUUAAAAACAACAACAAAUGGCAAAUCAAGGUUAAGUUGAAGACGAAUAAAAUUUAUUAUGAAAACUUAAAAUAAAAUAAAAAUCGAACUCAGUAAACCAUUGUCGCUCUAAAGGUGAAUUAAUCGCAUUUUCCAAACAAUUAAAUCACACACACGCUAAGUUUUUCCCCCACCACACACGCAGCAAUGACUCACGACACGUGGUCGCCGACACGUUGCCUUUGUUAGACCCGACACGGUAGCCCUUCGGUGCGCGGUGGUGGUCCUUGGUGUGGUCUCGCCGGUCAAACAAUGUUGUUUGCACUACCGAAUUUUGAGGAUUAUUUUUCCAGCGGAAAAUAUGAACAGAAGAAAAAAUAACACGGUGGGGUGUCUGAGAGGAAAAAUUAUCCGUUUCGCGCAACUGGUCCAGGUGGUGGUUGUGAU